UGAAUCAACUGCAAGAGAAGAGUGAACUAGGAAAUGGGCUGGAUCCAGAUGUGCAUGAGUGACGGUGACCAGACUCACUGUGACCCUGCUCUGAUGGACUAGGUAGCCCCCAGGGGAGUCACAUUUGAGAAUUGAGUCAGAGACACCGUUGAGAAAAAAAAAAGGUCAUAGAACACUCAAGGAAAGCAGAUACUGGAAAAAAUAGAGACCAUUUGAGAACUUGAGGAAGAUAUAAAGGCAAGGUAACCCCAGUCUGACUUCCCAAGGAGCUACAGACAUCAGACUGAAGGCAUCUCUGCCCGAGACUCUGGGGAUACACGUGUCCAGAGUGUUACAGGAAUCUCAGGAGAGACUGGACUUUGGGGGCAAGAUGGCGCUCAUCUGCAGGUUGUAGCUGCCAGGCUGUGAGAACAGGCUAUGGGAGGAGGUGCCCUAGUGUCACAGUCUGUGUCCUUGUCCUGAGGCUGGUGUGAGGUCUGAAGCCAGAUGCUGUGCAGUGACAGGCCUCGUUGACCUCAGAGGCUCUGAUUCCUUCCCUCAUCUCCCUCCAUCUUCACAGGAAAACAUGGAGCAGGACCAACAGAUGGAUCCUGAGCUGAGAGGCAACACAACGGGUGUCUCUCUCUCAGAAGUCUGGGAUGGGAAAGAGUCCCUAACAGAAGACAAAUUCUUGUCCUAUCUAGAGAAUCAAGACUAUUACCUGUACAUUUUAAAAUUAAGGGAUAUAAUUUGCUUACUGCAGAUGUUGCUUGCCUUCUGUGGCUUAGCGGGGAACGGGGUUGUCAUCUGGCUGUUGGGGUUCUGCAUAAAGAGGAAGCCCUUCUCUGUCUACAUCUUCAACUUGGCCUGUGCUGACUUCACUUUCCUCUUAUUUAAUUGUAUUGUAAACACAACUUUCUGGGUGCAAGAGCACUCAGCUGUGUUCAAUAUGCUGACAUCCUCGGUUGAACUUUCUUCUUUUGUGGUGGGUGUCUGUCUGCUGACGGCCAUCAGCACCGAGCGCUGUGUCUCUGUGCUCUACCCCAUCUGGUACAGAUGCCACCGCCCUGCCCAUCUCUCCUCCAUCCUGUGUGCUGUCUUCUGGGGACUGGCACUUUGUGCAGUGACAGCUUGGCAUUGGUGCAUAUUUUUUGUGGAUAGCAAGUGUUAUGGAAUCAACUUGGUCUACAACGGCCUGUGCAUCCUCACCUUCCUGGUGCUCUUUGUGUCUGGUGUGACUCUGCUCAUCCGGGUCCAGUGUGGCUCUAGGAGAAGACAGACCACCAGGUUGUACGUGACCAUCCUGAUCAACGUGCUGGCCUUCCUGCUGCUCAAUCUGCCUUUCAGUGUCUACCACAUGAUCUAUCUGACUUCAGUACCACUGUCCUAUUACACAAUUGAUGUGCACAUCUUCAGACUCCUCAUGGUCCUGAACAGUGGGGUGAACCCCAUCAUCUACUUCUUUGUGGGAAGGUACAGGCAGCCCCAUGGUCGGAAAGCACUCAGAGAAGUGCUCCAGAGUGCCCUGAACCACGAGGAGGAGGCAGCUGAGCAGAGGGGAGGGAUCCCAGUCCCUAGAGAGAGGAUGAUACUGCCCGGAACCCAGAGUGGGCAGACCAGCUGUAACUCUACUUCUGAACUGUAGGCAGGUUCACCCAUCUAUGGGUUCUUGUUAAAAACACAAGUCUCAUUCCAGGCGGUUCACUUCCUAACAAAGUCCCAAAACCUACAUAUAGACCAGGUCCCGUGAGAUAGAGCAUAUGUUCACACAUAUCCAUAAACUAGGGCAAAAUAUAUACCUGAAAGCAAAAGUACGCAAUAGUCUGCAGUGAGUACCCCCCAACACUUCAUCUGCACUAUUCCAGCCUUUAGGUCCAUGAUUGCUCAACAAUUUGUUUGGCUUUGUAUGUUAACUCUCUUUUCAGCCACCAGGGUCCAGAUGCUACCAUGAUGCCGACCAGACUUCCCUGGACUGAUGACCCCACCAGUGUGUCCCGGAGCUCUGCUUCCCCAGAUCCCCACCGUACUAGGGAAAGAGAGAGGCAGGCUGGGAGUGUGGAUCUGCCCGUCAACGCCCAUGUUCAGCGGGGAAGCAAUUACAGAAGCCAGACCUUCCACCUUCUGCAACCCACAAUGACCCUGGGUCCAUACUCCCAGAGUGAUAGAGAAUGGGAAAGCUAUCAGGGGAGGGGAUGGGAUAUG